GUGUGCACGAACCCUGUAUUGAUGUAACAAAAAACAACAACAGUCGUUCUGGAGCCAAAAUUUUCGCUACGAACGCUCGGGAAACUUCCCUCUUAUCGAAUAAACAAUUGUUUCUCGGUACCUAAUCCCAGUCUACAUGUCCAGUCAUCGUUAGAAACGAUAUUUAGUGCUGUGGCAGCAAGUCGUCGUGUGUGCGUGUGUGCGGAUUGUCUCGAAUUGUUCACAUUUUUCGGUCUGGCUGAGCAUUUUCACCCAAUCACCCAAAACAAAUGAGAAUGACAUCGUCCACAAAGAUAAUGCUGAUAGCGUGCGGUUCGUUUAGUCCGCCAACACCGAUGCACUUCCGGAUGUUUGAAAUUGCCCGCGAUCACAUCCAGCAGAUGGGCCUCGGGCAGGUGGUCGGCGGCAUAGUGUCACCGGUGCAUGACUCAUACGCCAAGAAAGGGCUAGUGUCGGCGACGCACCGUUGUGCAAUGAUCAAGAUCGGUCUCAAAACCUCCGACUGGAUCCAUCUGUCCGACUGGGAAACGCAACAGGAAGAGUGGACCCGUACGCGUCAAGUGUUGCAGUACCAUCAGAACUACAUAAACUCAUACCUAAAGGAUACGAAUGGGACCAUCAACAACCAACACAUACCGGCGUGGAUCCCGGAAGGCAUCAAGCGGACGGCAGGCCAGGUGCAGCUGAAGCUACUGUGCGGUGCCGAUCUGCUCGAAUCAUUUGCCACGCCCGGCCUGUGGAAGGACGAAGAUUUGGAGGCGAUUCUGGGCUACCACGGCAUUGUGGUGAUUUCCCGCGCCGGUUCCAACCCGGAGCAGUUCAUCUUCAAUUCCGAUCUUUUGAGUCGAUAUCGGCGCAACAUUACGAUCGUAACGAACUGGGUGACGAACGACGUUAGCUCCACGCUGAUUCGAAAGCUGCUGAGCAGGGGCCUCUCGGUGAAGUACCUUCUGGACGACCAUGUGGCCGAGUACAUUCGAAAGUUCGGCCUGUUCGGCACGAACAAUGAGACUAAGUACAUUCUAACACCGGGCAGUGCGGCGGAAGCGAUGAGCAUUUCGCCCAUCUCACCCAUCAACGAUCCGGACCUGUACAUCGAGGCACAAAACCAGCGCAACAAGCUCGGCGCGGCUUCCUGCGAGGCGAUGGAUGAGACGGACUUUCCGAUUCCACCGCUGCCACCGACCACCCUGAACAAGGUGUUUUGCUGCGCGACGGAAUCGAACUCGAAGCCGGCCUCGCCGGGCACUACUGGUGGCAGUCGGGGAACAUUUCUCAGCAGACCGGGCAGCGCGGUACAGAUUGUAACGACGGCAGCACCCAUGCCGACCCCGCCACUCGUCACCUCACCGGACGGGACGACGACAAACCCGGCAGGAGCGGCCGCUCUCCACAUCACACUGGACGAUGGCACCACAGGCAAGAAGAAGGUGGGUGAGAAUGCAAACGCAAAGGGCGCUUCUGUCCGCGAACCUACAAACCCGAGCACAAACGCUAAACCCAGCACCAACGGCAAAGACAAUACCAGCACAGCAGCCGCCGGCGCACCACCAUCUACCAAACGCACGACAGCGACGGCUGCCAACACCACCGUAGAAACCGUAGCAACCGAGCGGAGUGGUGGUGGUGGUGGUAGUAGUAGUAGUGGCACGAAGCGCGUUGCUACGACCAAAUCAAACACCAACGUAGGGGCUACUUUGGGCACAGGCGUGGCACAAACGGCCGGCGGUUCGACUGGACGGAUCAGCCCGUCCCGUAGCUAUGACGAUAUGAUCAAGUUCGUCUUCACCGAGCACGGCAUUAAGGUCAUAAGCGAUCGCGAGUACGUAGUGUAGAGGGAUAGAGGGAAAGCGGUGCCCACAGUUUCACGCUAGCCAAUUGCACAAAAGUAAACGCGUCGUAAAAAAGUUGAAGAUAUCCGCCUGUCCAGUGUAAAAAGGUGUUUUUUGGGUGCUGUUUUGGCGCAACGGUGAUAUACUCUCUCCUCUUUCCGCACGAAAUCUCGCAUCGAAUGCAAACCCAAUAUUCUACACACCAAGAGCAGCAUGAUUGAAAGGGGACGUGUUUUAUGUAGGCGCUAAUAGUUGGAUGUCGUUCAAGCAUAGUUCCUUAAUGUGUUUUUUGUUCUGUUUUUGUUUUUAUUGAAAUAGCUUGUUAAUAUUUAUUUACGAUUACAUCACACACACAAACGGACAGACAUACGAAACAAAACAAAACCCGCUGCAUGUACCUUUACUUGAAACCAUUCUCUGGACAAAGGUGACGAUAGGGAGGAGGAUAGGGAGCUCAAAAGCGGCCCACACACGGGUCACACCGCAUAUACUCAUCCGUUUUAGUGGCAUGAAAGGGGUCAAUUUUCGCUCUUUUAAAUAAUGCGCUUCGCAGAAAAAUGCAGCAACAUACACAAUUUUACACAUGACCCGAUUGGUGAGCGAUUUUAUAGUCCAAAAUGAAAGUUUAAAUUGAAAAAAUGGGAAAGUUAAGGGAAGGCCCAUUUCGGUUGAUUUCCUCUCCUUAGCAACGGAAUCGAUGGUAGGGUGCUAGACAGAUAGGUGAAUGUGAUUAGCUGGAAGACUUAAUAAAACUAAGUAGUUACAGAA